UACUGGUAGAUAGAGAGUGUCGAGCUACGUCAUUGGUGGAAAAGCGAUAGAGAAUCCAACGCGCCAAUCGCAGAGCUGAAUUGCAAAGUUGUGCGCGACUGACACGCCACCUGUCGCGCGAACACGCCGCGUUCAUUGAAUAACCCGCCCGGACUGUUUUAUUGACGCAAGCGCACUGAGGCCCAACAAAGGGCCGAAAUAAGAACGGUUCGUAAGUGAAUCUGAUGUAUUUAUGUCAUAAAAAUGGUGAAAUCUGUGAAGUGGCGAGUAGAAAUUAGGAUAUUCGACGUGUCGAAUCAUGACCGAGGCAUCUGAAAAUGCCUAUUUGGUGCGCGUGCGAGCACAGGUUAUGUGCCGCGACGAAGGCACGGGGGGAUGGGUGGCGCUCGGCGGCGGCGGGCUCGCCGACGUCAUGGUCGGCAAGCGGGCCCGCGCGCAUCGCUCCUCAGGGGGCGAGAGUAACGGCGACACAACAUCCUCGUCCGCAUCCGCACCGACACACGAAUACUUCAUUAAUGGGAAGCGAAUCAGCGAUGGCAUGGAAGUCCUCGAAUGCACGAUAAAGAAGGAUUUCCAGUACAACAAGGUGAUGCCGACCUUCCACCACUGGGUGACGGAUGAGAAGCGCUUCGGGCUGACCUUUCAGACGGCGGCCGACGCGCGCGCCUUCGACAAGGGGGUCCGGACCGCCAUCGAGGAGCUGCUAGACGGUCUGGGUGGGGCGUGGCCUUCGCUUCACGCGUACAAAAAACACAACCCAGCGCCGAAAGACGACGACGAGGAACAAAACAUCUUUGAGUGCUUGAACCUGCCGUCGGAGUCCCGCUCCAGCUCGGAGACGUCGACGGGCAGUCGCGCGCGCCGCCGCCCGCCCGACGACAUCACGCAGACGCCCAUACUGUCCGCCAUCACGCUGCCGCGACACCCGCUCUCAGAUUCGUUGAAGCAGUACGAGGCGCAGUACGACGACAGGCUGCACGUCGAGGACUCGGACCCUGACAGGUGUCCCUACGUACAUCUCUCUGCUGUCCACGACUACACAUACCCGCAGGUGUCGGGCACCGUGGUCAGCUCGGAGAAGUCCUCGCCCAACACCAAGCCGCCGCUGCUCAAGAGGGACUCGGGAUCUAUAAAGAAGUGCGGAUACAGCGGGCCGCCGCCGUUGCCAGAUAAGAAGCCGGCUGAGUCGUUCCACGCGCGUAUCAAAUGCAGACACUGCCACGAGUGGUACUUGGAGAGUGCUAACCGCGCCGGUGCGUGUGAGUUCGCUCCCGACUGCUUCCGCUCCUGUAUCGACUGCGUGUCCUGUAUACGCUGUGCACAGUGCAUGUUGUACCACUGCAUGUCGGACGCGGAGGGCGACUUCGCCAUGCACCCUUGCGCCUGUGGACCGCCCGAUGACAACUGCGCUAAACGCUGGCUGGGCAUCACGCUGCUGAGCGUGCUGGUGCCGUGCCUGUGCUGCUACCCCGCGCUGCGCGGGCUGCACGCGGCCGGCCGCGCCGCGCGCCUCGCCGGCGGCGCGCACGCGCCCGCGCGCCUCUAGCGCCCUGUCGCUGCUGGUGCCGUGCCUGUGCUGCUACCCCGCGCUGCGCGGGCUGCACGCGGCCGGCCGCGCCGCGCGCCUCGCCGGCGGCGCGCACGCGCCCGCGCGCCUCUAGCGCCCUGUCGCUGCUGGUGCCGUGCCUGUGCUGCUACCCCGCGCUGCGCGGGCUGCACGCGGCCGGCCGCGCCGCGCGCCUCGCCGGCGGCGCGCACGCGCCCGCGCGCCUCUAGCGCCCUGUCGCUGCUGGUGCCGUGCCUGUGCUGCUACCCCGCGCUGCGCGGGCUGCACGCGGCCGGCCGCGCCGCGCGCCUCGCCGGCGGCGCGCACGCGCCCGCGCGCCUCUAGCGCCCUGUCGCUGCUGGGAGCAUCUCGAGGAGCUGGUACAUGAACACUAUCAAUGUGACACUACAGUCAACAACUUGACAUAAACAAAUGUGCUGAAUAAAAAUCUAUUCGCUGCUGAAUGAAGAUCUAUUCAGUGACAUCCUGAAUGAUUACUAUAUAAAUGAUUUCUUACAUCAUGAUCAUUAUGAAAAUGUGUCAUGAACAGAAUUUAUUGAUCUAUUGAAAUGAAGAGAAAAAUUAUCAGUUUAAAAUAUUUAUUGCAUAAUGGUCAGUUUACAGCAACAAUUACAAACUGAAGAGUUCCCAGCACGUGAAAAAUUACAGUAAACCUAAUGUCCCUGUGAUGCCCUUGCAAUAUAGUAAAAUAAGAUUCACAGAUACAAAAAUCAAUCAAAUAAAAAAAAACAACUUUCCUAUAUUGAAAGACCCGAGAAACAACUCUUAUGACAAAAAUAUCAAAAUUAGCCAGAACAUUAUGACUAAAGGGCAUCACAAUGAUACGGUGCAUGUAAUAACAUGUCGGCGGCAUAAACGAAGAAACUCCAUGGUGAAAGACCAUAGCAUUUUACCCGACUACGCAAAAGGAGGGUAAUGCUGUUCUCAUAUCUGGCGGAUAUGGAAAUAUGUGCGAAAGUCUGUAAAGACUAGAAGCCCGUCCAAAAGGACUAGAAAGGGCUAAAGACGAAGAUAUUGUUGUAUUUCGUCUGAAGAAAAACGCUAAAAAAGCGUCAAUGUCAAAGCGAAGAGAUUUUUUAAAGAUAAAAGGUUUUAUGCACAGAAAGCAAGAAAGUAAUCCGCCAGUUUAUUUUAAAAGAAAAAACAUGAGAUAAAUGCAUCAGAUGUAUGAACAAAAUAUUUAUAAGCACAUCGGACCGUUCAAUAUCGAGAAACGCGUUCGAUAAAACGCAUUUAUUUUUACUCACUUGUGUAUCAACUCCAAUAAAAUGGAGUAACAAACAAAUUGCACAAAGGUAUUUUGAUAAAAAGCGCCAUUUUGGCCGUAGCAAAGCUAAUACCAUAUUUAAGCAAUAAGUGCAGAUGUUUAAACGAAAGACAUGCAGUGUUUCUUUCCAUAGGUAUAUAAUAUUUAGAUCUGGCAAGCCGAGUGCUAACCACUCAAUAGUAUUAAUUUUUCUUUUUAGGAAUCGUGAAAUGAGGUUUCAAACCGCUUUAUUGAUGUCGAUAUCUAGUGUGGCCAGUGUUGUAGGACAUUAUUCCAUGAUAGCAACACUGGCAGUGACAAUGUUGGUGUUACCAUGUAAAACAGUUUUUUGGUGGCGACUAAUUAUUUUCUCGCUUUUUUAUACCCAGUGUCGAAGUUAUAGUGUUGCUGUGUACGAUGUUGCAAUUGUAAGAAUUAUUCGGGUGUUUUAGCGAUAAAAAUUCGCGUUGAAUUCGCCAUGGUCCCUUUUUCCUUAGUGUUGGGCUACAUUUAGCUAUUUAAUUUACAUUUUAACGCCCGACACUAGUAUUUAAAAUUUAUUAUAUUGUGCCAUAAUGUAUGUUUUGGAUAAUAAAUGUUUCUUUACAAUUUCUGUCUUCCAAGUUUUGAUUUGAAUCGUUGUUUCAAGUGGUUGGAUUUGUUGUCGCGAUGAGUUGAGAAUAUUCGCUAUUUCUAUUCAUUGGUGUUAUCGUAAUGAAGUAUAUAAUAUACAAAGUGUUAACAUAUCCCAUUCAUUGUUAUAUAUUUAACAUUUUAAAGCUUCUUUCCGUCUAGCCUAAGUUUAAAUGAAACUAAGAGUCGUUAAUUGAUUUCACAAUUUAGUAUUCCGAAUUUAACUUUAAUUUUUUUUACGUAUUUAAAUUUAGGCUAGAUUUUUAAAAAUAUUUGUACUAUAGAUUACGCGUUCUUUUUUAAUUAGAAUUAUUUGAAAAUACGGGUAGUGUUGUUACCUAAAAAACGGCAUUUUUUUUUCAAAGUUGUAAUUUUUUCUAUUAUUAUUAUUAUAUAAAAAAAUUAAUGUGUAUUGUAAAUUUUAAUAUUCGUAAUGUCAUUGAAACAAGCGUCAUAUUUAUUAUUAGUGUUAAAAUAUAGUUGGACAUUAAUCCGUUGGAGUUAAUAUAAUAUCAAUGUUUCAAAUAAUUAUGUACGUUUACGUAUAGUUUUAAGUAAUAAAAAAAAAGUUUUUAAAGAACUCACACAAACACAUUCACCGUACAAAACUAAUUUCUAGUCUAUGAAUCAGUAUUUUUUCCAAAAUCAUUCACUUUUUGAUUUCCGUUUAAUUCGAAAAAAUAAAACGACCAAAUGUUUUUGUAUAUUUAUAAAUAAGAAAAAUAUUCACGAAAACGGUUUGUGGUUUCCUGUUCACGAGGUUUCGCACUCCCUUUACAACUUCACACAUUUUAAUAUUAAUUAAAAUAAAUUUGGACAAAAAAUAUAAAAUCUCAUUAGUUUUUGUAAGAUAAGAGGGCUCACUUAUGAAAAUUAAUACAGAUUUUAUAUUUCGAUUUGCGUUUGUGAUCAGUUGAUUGCAACCGCGAAUACGUCAGGAUCAAAUCCUUUUUCAAAAAUAAAAAUACAGAUUCAAAAAUUCAAUUCCGGUGUUGCCAGUGCCCGACCUCUUUACAGCCAAGCCUAAACCUUUUUCGUAAAAACGUUACUCCGUUCAAAAAUGGAUGAAAUUAAUAUUGUAUCAGAAUAAGUAAAUGUAUUCAAUGUUUAAUUAUAAAAAUAAUGUAUUUUAACUGUUUUUUAACGUAAACAAGAACAUCUUACGGUUGACGCAAAUCAACCGCUAAUAAAUAUAUGAAGAGACUUUAAUAUUUACUGUAGUACAUUUUAAGAAUAAUUAAAAAAAAGUAUCUGUGUUUAGUGUCUCUAAGAGUAUUGAUAUUCAAUUUGAUUAAAAACCAAAGUUAUGUGUAAAAGAAGGUUCGCGCUCGCGCGGCCUGAUAUGGUUGUUUAAAAAUGAAGAUAAAUGUAUUGAAAAAUAUGAAAUAAAUAAUCGUACAUAA